CAACCCUUGUUUGAACAGGUAUUUUUAACUUUGCUAAUUUGCACUAUACGAUAUAGAAGUAUUAUAAUUUGGAUACAUGAUGCUCUCGAUCUAUCGACCGAUAAGUGACAGCWUAUUGUCCAAUGAAUGCAGCGUAGUUUCAGAAGGCUGUGACAAUUUAGACACAGAGUCACGAACUGUAACUUCCCUAAAAUAACCAAUUGAUACGCCAUGAAUUGUGAACUUUUCUGCGUCCUUGUGCCUGUUUCCGUCGUAACCUUGCUUGURUUGUGGUAUUUUCUAAAAUGCCUGCUUCCAAAACCUCAAGUGAGCGAUUUCAAAAACAAGUUUGUUCUGAUCACUGGCUGCGAYUCGGGWUUUGGAAGGAUGUCUGCUAUUCGCUUAGACAAGAUGGGAUUCCAUGUGAUUGGUACUUGUCUGACAAAAGAAGGCAAAGAAARCCUUGAAUCAGUUUSUAGUGAUCGUUUGGUUGGUAUGUUAAUGAACGUGACUGACUCCAAGCAGAUUCAUGACGUSUUUGUCAAGGUUAAAGMCCUCGUGAAAGAAAAAGGUAUAUGGGCAGUUGUGAACAAUGCCGGAAUCUUGACYGUUGGUCCAAUAGAAUGGUACAAAAUGGAAGACUUCAGAAAAAUGGCCGAUGUGAACCUCUGGGGGUUGAUAGAAGUGACCAAAACAUUUCUACCAUUGGUGAAGAAGGCUGAAGGACGGAUUGUGAACCUCGCUAGUGUUGCUGGUAUUAUUUGUGCUGGCAACAUGGCUCCAUAUAAUAUUACCAAAUAUGGUGUGGAAGCAUUCUCUGACACUUUGCGCCGUGAGAUGAAAAGAUGGAAAGUCAAAGUGUGCAUUAUUGAGCCACAGGCCUUUAAGACUCCAUUACUGGAUGAAGUUUUUGGCAAAAAACUUCAAAACUUGUAUGAUGAAGCGAAUGACGAAAUCAAACAAGAAUAUGGAGAAAGAUUCAUCGAUGAUUUCUUACGUGGAGUUUUUCAAAAGGCAUUCGAAAAAUCGACCAACCCUAAACCACAACUGGUUGUUGAUGCUAUUAYAGAUGCAGUUGCAGCCAAAGAUCCCUCUCUUCGAUAUCGUGCUGGUCAAUUAGCAAAGUUGUGUGCUUUUGUGGCUCAUUUGCCCACCGCGAUACAAGAUAGACGCCUCGGAGGAUGAAGAACUUUCUACCUUUUAAGGAUUUUAGCUUCGUAUCAAAUAAUCCAAAUCAAUGUUUAGAUUAAAUAUCGCUGUUUGUUCUCUUAGGUUUUAACAAUCAGUGACGUUGGUUUGGUGUCCAAAAUGAGAUAUGAAUGGUUUAUUUACGACUUUCAAAAAUGGCGCCAUAUGUCACGGUCGCCGACCAAGGCAUUUGGGACAUUAAGCGCUUAAACGAGGUCUCAAAGGCCAGCCUCCGUAUAGUACACUUCGAUGGUUUCUUGAAAGAAAUAACAUACCAAUACAUUUUUAAAACUUUUGGACAUUGCCAUACAUGCGACCUUAGUGAUUUCUAGUAGUGAUUUCUAGAUGUAAGGCCUUUGAAGUUUCGUUUCCAAAAUUCGUCACUAGUCCCCCGAUAUAUUGGCGGUCGCGAACUACUGCGCCAUUUUUGAAAGUCGUGCCAUUGCAAUUCAAAUAACUAAUUCUACUCUAAACACGCUAUAUUUUAAAUGRUUUUCGGUUCAGUUCUCUUAUUUUCAGCCCCUUUUAAGUUGCUGWUUUGGUCAAAUCACUUCGCACUAAACUCGGCAUUCAUACCCCCCGUCAAAAAGCCAUGAAAUAUAGAUGGCUGACUAAUCACCACAAAUAUCAUUAACUGUUUUUCAAAAAAGGCCAUUUCUUUCAAGUCUGACUCUCACUAUUCAAUUCUGAUAGAGUGGUUUUUAUUUUAAAGACGCUUUUCAUGGGUUACUGAGAAAAAAUAUUUUUCUCAGAUCUAAACUGCUCUCUCUUUAAUCUAAGGGAGCGCAUAUUUUAGUUUAUUUAUGUCGCACGGGUCAGCAUUUUAAAGUAAGUGCGCACUGCUAGCCUACAUUAACGCCCGGUUAAAAACAGUCAUUCUGUAAUACAGUGUACUGAAUGGAUUAAAUAAUAAAACUACAACAUAAAUAUAAAAA